GCUAUUCUUUUACCACUGCUGCAGCUUUUAAAAAACGAGGUGCCCUCGCGUUGAACAGAUCCCGGAAAGCAUCGGUGUUGUUUUAAUGCACAGAAAUGGCCAGCGUUACACAGAUAUCCAAAGAUGAGCUGGAGGAACUCAGGGAAGCUUUUGCCAAAGUUGAUCUCAACAGCAAUGGAUUUAUCUGUGAUUACGAGCUGCACGAACUCUUCAAGGAAGCCAACCUCCCCCUCCCGGGAUACAAAGUCAGGGAGAUCAUUCAGAAACUCAUGAUUGAUGGGGACAAGAACAAAGAUGGGAAGAUCAGCUUCGAAGAGUUUGUUUACAUCUUCCAAGAAGUGAAAAGCAGUGACAUUGCUAAGACCUUCAGGAAGGCCAUCAACCGGAAGGAGGGCAUCUGUGCCAUUGGGGGCACUUCGGAGCUCUCCAGCGAAGGCACCCAACAUUCCUACUCAGAGGAAGAGAAAUACGCCUUUGUGAACUGGAUCAACAAAGCUUUGGAGAACGACCCGGACUGUAAGCACGUCGUUCCCAUGAAUCCCAACACGGAUGACCUCUUCAAGGCUGUUGGGGAUGGGAUUGUGUUGUGUAAAAUGAUCAACCUCUCUGUUCCUGACACAAUUGAUGAACGAGCCAUCAACAAGAAGAAACUCACCCCAUUCAUAAUUCAGGAAAAUCUGAAUUUGGCUCUGAAUUCUGCUUCCGCCAUCGGCUGCCACGUGGUCAAUAUUGGAGCAGAGGAUUUAAGGGAAGGGAAGCCCCACUUGGUCCUUGGCCUGCUGUGGCAGAUUAUCAAGAUUGGCUUGUUUGCAGACAUAGAGCUCAGCAAAAAUGAAGCUUUGGCUGCCUUGUUGCGUGAUGGAGAGACCUUGGAGGACCUGAUGAAGUUGUCCCCAGAAGAGCUUCUCCUGCGGUGGGCCAACUUCCACCUGGAGAAUGCUGGGUGGCACAAGAUCAACAACUUCAGCUCCGAGAUAAAGGACUCCAGAGCUUACUACCAUCUCCUCAACCAAAUUGCCCCCAAAGGGCAGAAGGAAGGAGAGCCCCAGAUCGAUAUCAAUAUGUCAGGCUUCAGCGAGAAAGACGACCUCAAGAGGGCCGAGUGCAUGCUCCAGCAAGCAGAUCGACUGGGCUGUCGGCAGUUUGUUACCCCAACAGAUGUUGUAAGCGGGAACCCCAAGCUGAAUUUGGCCUUUGUGGCCAACUUGUUCAACAAGUACCCAGCCCUCACCAAACCAGAAAACCAAGACAUUGACUGGACACUGCUGGAAGGUGAAACCCGUGAAGAACGGACGUUCCGCAACUGGAUGAAUUCUUUUGGUGUGAACCCCCACGUGAAUCACCUCUACGCUGACCUGCAGGAUGCCCUGGUGAUUCUGCAGCUCUAUGAAAAGAUCAAGGUUCCCGUCGACUGGAACAAAGUCAACAGACCUCCGUACCCUAAACUUGGGGCCAAUAUGAAGAAGCUAGAAAACUGCAACUACGCUGUUGAUCUGGGAAAGCAUCCAGCCAAGUUCUCCUUGGUUGGCAUUGGCGGGCAGGAUCUC